GCGGUGGUGCGUUCCCGGCGGGCGGGCCCUGGGCACCGGACACCCGGCCGGGUCUUCACCCGGCGGGGUCUUCACCCGCCGCACCGCCGCCUCCUUCCGCCCCCGUACUUCCUCCAGAAAGGGCGCUGAGAGGCGUCUGGAGAGGGUCCCGGGCCCUCAGGGAACAUGGGCGUGCUCAGGGCCGGACUGUGCCCAGGCCUCACCGAGGACAUGGUCCAGCUUCUGAGGAGCCGUGGGAUCAAGACAGUAGUGGACCUGGUUUCUGCAGACCUGGAGGAGGUAGCCCUGAAAUGUGGCUUGUCUUAUAAGGCCCUGGUUGCUCUGAGGCGGGUGCUGCUGGCCCAGUUCUCAGCCUUCCCCUUCAAUGGCGCUGAUCUCUACGAGGAACUGAAAACCUCCACUGCCAUCCUGUCUACCGGCAUUGGAAGCCUGGACAAACUGCUUGAUGCUGGUCUCUAUACUGGAGAAGUGACUGAAAUUGCAGGAGGCCCAGGUAGCGGCAAAACUCAGGUAUGUCUCUGUGUGGCUGCAAAUGUAGCUCAUGGCCUACAGCAAAAUGUCCUAUACAUUGAUUCUAAUGGAGGGCUGACAGCCUCCCGCAUCCUCCAGCUACUUCAGGCCAGAACCCCAGAUGAGGAGGAACAGGCAGGAGCUCUCCAGAGGAUCCACGUGGUACAUGCCUUUGACAUCUUCCAGAUGUUGGAUGUGCUGCAGGACCUCCGAGGCACUGUGACCCAGCAGGUGAACCUGUCUUCAGGGACUGUGAAGGUGGUAGUUGUGGACUCGGUCACCGCUGUGGUCUCCCCACUUCUGGGAGGUCAGCAGAGGGAAGGCUUGGCCUUGAUGAUGCAGCUGGCCCAAGAGUUAAAGACCCUGGCCCAGGACCUUGGCGUGGCAGUGCUGGUGAGAAAGUGGGCUUGGCCAGUCGUGCUUGUCGUACCUCUGAUCCCUGGGCUUCACCAAGUGACCAACCACAUGACACGAGACAGGGACAGUGGGAAGUUCAAACCUGCCCUGGGCCGCUCCUGGAGUUUUGUGCCCAGCACCCGGAUUGUACUGGCCAUUGGUGAAGAAGCAGGAGCACCAGGCAGUCAGCGCACAGUGUGUCUGACCAAAUCUCCCCGUCUGCCAACAGGUUUCCAGGAAACAGUAGACAUUGGGACCUGGGGGACUCCGGAGCAGAGCCCAGUGUUACAGGGAGACCAGAUGUGACUGUGCUGUUGAUUGGGAAGGGAAAAGGCAUCAAGGCCCCCAACUCUACUGAGCAGGAGUGCCCCAAGUGCCACCCAGCACUUGAGACUGCAGGAGAAGCUCUCAGGCUGGGUAAAAGAGACAUCUCAGUUUCUUCAGCUUGUCUCCCUGUGGAAACACAUAGAGCUACAGGUGAGAGAGGAUGCUAUGGUGGAAGGACCCAGAAAUUCAUGCUGAUGCCGUGUUUUCUUCCCUCGUUUCUACUAUGUAUGUUUUCAGUGGGAGCUGAGUUCACCUUGGCUUGGGGCAUCUCUGAAAAGACACACUAAUGACUAGAAGGAUAACCUUGUGUGUCACCAUCAUACCUGCACUCUAUCCUAACACAGUGACUGAGCCAUGAAGCCUCUAGCUUGCCUUUGCUUCUCUUCUUCUUUCAUUUUUUCUCCCCUCUUUUUCCAACUGUAAAAUGAGGCUCCCUUCCCCUUAGCUCUGUUUUUGAGUUACUGGGUUGAAGUAACCUCAUAAAUGCGAAACUCUUUGUCAUCUAUGUCCUGCUCUUAAAAAUAUAAAAAGGAAAUUCCCUGAGCCUCAAAGCCACCUAAUUUCCCCUAAGAAAGUUGUUUUUCAGUUUCCCCCAGUGAGGCCCCAAAGAAUGGUUUUUCUUCUUUUGCUCUUGUUGAUUUGGUUUCACACACCUGCAUGCAUCACCAGGACUAGGUGAGACCGCGAGCUCUCUGCAGUCCCAGGGAUAUAAUUUAACAGGAAGGGAGGAUGCAAACUGCUCCUGGUGAAUCCAGCCACUUGUUUAAUUUGUAUGGUGCCCUGUGGGGCCCCUCCACAGUACAGAGUAACCAGAGGUGCUGAACCAUGGCCCAUAAACAGAUAAAGGAGAAUUUGCUCAGUAAAUAGAGCCAGCUGGGAAAAUUGAUGCUAGCAUAAAUAAUACACGGCAAAUCUGGUCUUUAUGCAGAAAUUCUUUGCCGGCGGCUCCAAGAUGCAAUAUAAUUACCCUUCUCUUCUUGCCAGCUGUACCACAGCCUAGUGCCCUAGUGUAUGAAAUAACCCCCUGUCUGUUACAAGCACUGAGGCCAUCCAUCUGAGAGCUUCCACUCCCUGGCUGGGAGAGGAAGAGGCCAGUAGGGAAGAGAAAAUAAAAAGCAAAGUAGAGAAAUGA